UAUGUUGCUAUUUAAUUCUUUUCUACUUAGCUGAUGAUUCCUAGCAAACUAAAAUUAUUUGGCUAUCGUCAUUUGAUGUGUCAUUAGGAUAUGAUUGAAACUGUAUUAGAAAUCAAGGAUACUCAUGUUAGAGAGGUCAUGACACCCCUUGUUGAUGUGGUUGCAAUUGAUGCGAGUGCAACUCUUGUUGAUUUUCACCAUCCAUGGGUACCUGUUUUUGAGCAGCGUGUUGAAAAUAUAGUUGGCAUUGCAUAUGCAAUGGAUGUACUUGAUUUUGCUCGGAAGGGUGAGCAACUUGAAAGUUCUACUAUGGGAGACAUGGCUCACAAACCUGCCUACUUUGUGCCUGGUAACCCUUGACUUUUUUCCUCUAGUUGAUAUUUUAAUGAUGUUCUUUGGGUUGAGACUUUCUAGCUUUUCAUGACAGUAUCCAUUGGUUGAUUGAGGUAGUUGCAUAGUUUUUUUUCUUUUUUAAUUGCUAUUACCCCAUUUUCACACCUUAUUUUCCACAUUUUAUGUGAAGAUGUCAUUUCUUUUCUAAUUUUUGUAAUUAAUGGAAGUGCAGAAGACCCUGUUUCAUUAGACUUAUUUGUUGUUUUAGUAGUUAUUGUCUAGGGGAAAAGAAAAUGGAAAAAAUAGAAUGCUUCAACUAUCUAUACGGUAAAAUUUAGAAAGUUGGUUUUGCAUAUUCAAUUUCAGUUUAGAAUCUUCUUAGAGUGUUUCUGAUGAAGAAGGUUCACAUGGCUGUUGUUAUUAAUGAAUAUGGUGGAACUGUUGAGGUCUGUGCAAAGCCUUUUAUUGAAUCUUUACCUAAGCAGAAUCACCCAUUGUGUUGAGGUUUUUUGUUAUGAUAAAGUGCCAACUUCUAC